AUGGCUCCACAACCACUGCCUUUCCCCGGGUUCACCGCGAUAUCUGAUCGGGUAUACCUUCGGAAUGGGAACGAAAAGGCCAAACCAGCACUAGCUCAUGAACCAACAACUAUCGUUAUCUUCGGGUGGGGCGACGGCAUGCCGAAACACGUCUCGAAAUAUUCCGACGGCUAUAAUGACCUAUUUCCCCGUGCCAGGAUCAUUGUUGUGUUAUCUCGCACCUUUCAAGCAUCUAAUCAACCCCUCGACGCCCGGGUUGAAGCAAUGCUACCCGUGAUUGACACGGUAUUCCCAACGCCCACCGGAAGUGGCAAUGGAGAGGAACGAGUCCUACUGCAUGCUAUGUCGAAUACCGGAGGCAUCUUCCUCGCGGCCGCAUUUACUGCGUAUCAACAACGCCAUGGCAGCGACAAGAAGCUUCCCCACGCGCUGUUAGUGUGUGAUUCUACGCCAGGUAGCUUGGACUUUGCAUCCCAAGUCGGCCGUUGGUCAAGAGCAAUGGCUGUCGGGACAUCAAAAUACUUCCCAUGGCCCUUUGCAGUCACACAAGGCCUGUGGUGGAUGUUCCUGUGGGCAAAUUAUGCAUGGGAAUUACUACGUGGCACUGAGCCCUCAGGAGUUUGGGCGACUCGAGUAAUGAACGAUCAUGAUAUUGCUCCGGUCGAGACUAACAGACUCUACCUCUACUCCAAGGAGGAUGAGAUCAUCUGGUGGGAGGAUUUGGAAGAGGCUGUUGCUAAGGUGAAAAGCCAGGGCUACAAGGUUGACCUGGAGAUGUUCGAAGGCUCGCCUCAUGUGGGCCAUAUGAGACUUCAUCCUGAACAAUACUGGGGCAAGAUUACUACUGCCUGGGAUGAGGCCCAGCCUGCGCGCUAA